AUGGCGGGGCCCGGAGCGGGAGAAGCGUGGGGCGGACGCGGAGGGAAUGCAGCUCGAGCUCGAGAACCGCAGCGGCCACUCCUCGGGGCGAGCAGCGCGGGCGGUGCGGGGAGGGGCGGGCGCCGUGCUCGCUCGUCCUCGCCGGGGGACGCUCUGUCGCUGCGCGCCGCCGCCGCCCACAGCCGGCUGCGCGACCCCGGCCCACGUCAGCCGCGCCGCGCGCCCUCCUCCUCCUCCCGCCGCCCCUUGCCCCCGCGUCCCUCCCCACGGCCGCGUCCUCCCUCCCCGCGUCUCUUCCCACGGCCGCGCCCCCUGCCCUCCUGGAGUCCACGAUCGCCCCUCCCAGCUUGCCUCCCCUCUAGGGGUUCCAGAGCUCCCUUCCUGCGCCCUGGCUCCUCCCCGCAUCCGUCCCCACCCCAAAUCCACCCCCGGCCGCAUCCUUCCCCUCCACUCCCCGAAACCACGUCCCCUGCACCCGCAUUUUUCCCUUCCUCCGAGCCCCUCCCGGCCCUGGAUCCGAUGCCGCUGGCUCUGACUCAGCGUCCCCAGGGGCAUGCGCUGCGCUGCAAGCCGCCUGCAGGUCCCUUGGGGCUCUCCUCCAGGUGCCUUCUGUCUGCACGCUCGUGGCUGCGAGAUGCUGCUCCUCAUUCAAGAACUGUUGAGAGCUUAAGGAUGGCGUGAUCUCGACUCACUGCAACCUCCACCUCCCGGGUUCAAGCGAUUCUCCUGCCUCAGCCUCCCGAGUAAGCUGGCAUUUUUGUAUUUUUAGUAGAGAGGGGGUUUCACCAUGUUGGCCAGGUUGGUCUCCAACUCCUGGCGUCAAGUGAUCCUCUAGCCUCAGCCUCCCAAAAUGUUGGGAUUACAGGCGUGAGCCACUGUGCCCAGCCUCUUACCCCUUCUUGAAAGAGGGUCCUGAGCGCCUGGCCCCUGCGCUGGACUUGAUGUCAUC